AUGCAUUCUAAUAUUCUGUUGGCCAUCAGCAUUUUGAUGGCUGGGUCUGCUGUUGCAGGUCCUUGCAAGCCAAGAACAUCAGCUUCAGAUGCAUUAACGGUCACGCUCACUACUACCGAGCCUACUCCAACCACCAUCGCUACUGAGACUACUAUUGCGACGUCAGACUCAUACAAGACAACUGCCAUUGAUUACAUCACUACCACAACGUCUGAAGCUGAUAGCAGUACCAUCGCUCAGACCCAAACCACGACUGCUGCCUCUGAACACGAACACGAAAGCACCACUGCGUCAUCGGUUUCAUCUCAGCCGACGACCACAGGAGGCAUCACCACGACUUCAGAGGCCGAGAGCACCACCAAGGCUGCCACCACUAGCACUGCUGUCGCCGCCCCAACCUUUAGCAUCCUCGCUGGAAGUGCUCCUCUAACUGGCGAUGUCCUCCAGGCUGAUGGUUACCAGGGGAGCUACCCAAAGUUCAAUCCCUCAUUUAACCCCCUAAAUCCACCCUACAGCCCCAGAACAUGGGUCAUCGAGCCCGGCACCGACCAUAUCAAGGACGCAGCCAGUGGAAAUUAUUUAUGCGCCUACUAUCUCUUUGUGCAACAGAACGGUGGAGCAGCAUCCAUUUCUACCUGUAAUGAUGAUCGUAACCCGGGCCUUAACAGCAUGUACGGCUAUUUGUCCUGUCAAAUUGUGAACGGUCAGCUCUCGUGUACAGCUCCCAAGACUGUGUGCACCUUCGACGGAGACUACACCUGUGUAACCUCACCUGGCCAAGAGAGCGCUUACAAUCAGAUUGUAGCCUUGGCUAGUGAGACUAGUGAUGCGUUUAUCGCGAUCUAUGAGACUACGCCUAACAACUGGACACCAAUGGUACUUGAUGUUCAAGAAGUCUAA